AGGAGCCCUUCUGUCGCUCGUCACUCGCCCGCUCGCUCGCUGUGGGAGGAGCCCGCCGGAGGAAGCUGUGUGCCUGGGCUGCCGAGAACCGGAGAACGGAUCUGCUCCGAGAGGGCACGCUGCUGACGAUCCCGGCUUCCUGAGGCGGCUACAAACAGGCAACUUGUCUUGGCUGGCUGCUGAUACCGGGAGGCACGGAGAGACCGAGGCCACCCGGAGGGACCGGCGGACAGACAGAUGGUCGGCGCGAGCCGGAGAGGACCGCGGCGGAGGCUGAGCACCGCGAGCCGCCGAGGAGGAGAAAGUAACUGCCACCCCAAGUUGCCCUGCCGGCUUUGCUUCGCGGCGCUGAGGAAUGAGACCCUUCCAGCUCGAUCUGCUCUUCGUCUGCUUCUUCCUCUUCAGUCAAGAGCUGGGCCUCCAGAAGAGAGGAUGCUGUCUGGUGCUGGGCUACAUGGCCAAGGACAAGUUUCGGAGAAUGAAUGAAGGUCAAGUGUACUCCUUCAGCCAGCAGCCCCAGGACCAGGCCGUGGUGUCAGGGCAGCCAGUGACGCUGCUGUGUGCCAUCCCGGAAUAUGAUGGCUUCGUUCUGUGGAUCAAAGACGGCUUGGCUCUGGGUGUGGGCAGGGACCUCUCAAGUUACCCACAGUACCUGGUGGUAGGGAACCACCUGUCGGGGGAACAUCACCUGAAGAUCCUGCGGGCAGAGCUGCAAGAUGACGCCGUGUACGAGUGCCAGGCCAUCCAGGCUGCCAUCCGGUCCCGCCCCGCUCGCCUCACCGUCCUGGUGCCGCCCGACGACCCCGUCAUCCUGGGGGGGCCUGUGAUCAGCCUGCGGGCGGGAGACCCCCUCAACCUCACCUGCCACGCAGACAACGCCAAGCCUGCGGCCUCCAUCAUCUGGCUGCGGAAGGGAGAGGUCAUCAACGGGGCCACCUACUCCAAGACCCUGCUUCGCGAUGGCAAGCGGGAGAGCAUCGUGAGUACCCUCUUCAUCUCCCCCGGCGAUGUGGAGAACGGGCAGAGUAUCGUGUGCCGAGCCACCAACAAAGCCAUCCCCGGAGGGAAGGAGACCUCGGUCACCAUCGACAUCCAGCACCCCCCACUUGUCAACCUGUCGGUGGAACCACAGCCAGUGCUGGAGGACAAUGUUGUCACAUUCCACUGCUCUGCAAAGGCCAACCCGGCUGUCACCCAGUACAGGUGGGCCAAGAGGGGCCAGAUCAUCAAGGAAGCAUCUGGAGAAGUGUAUCGGACCACCGUGGACUACACGUACUUCUCAGAGCCUGUCUCCUGUGAGGUCACCAAUGCCCUGGGCAGCACCAACAUCAGCCGCACAGUCGAUGUCUACUUUGGGCCCAGGAUGACCACGGAGCCCCAGUCCCUGCUUGUGGAUCUGGGCUCCGAUGCUGUCUUCAGCUGCGCCUGGACAGGCAACCCAUCUCUGACCAUCGUCUGGAUGAAGCGGGGCUCCGGUGUGGUCCUGAGCAAUGAAAAGACCCUGACCCUCAAAACCGUCCGCCAGGAGGAUGCUGGGAAGUAUGUGUGCCGAGCUGUGGUGCCCCGGGUGGGAGCCGGGGAGCGAGAGGUGACGCUGACUGUCAAUGGACCCCCCAUCAUCUCCAGCACCCAGACCCAGCAUGCCCUCCACGGAGAGAAGGGCCAGAUCAAGUGCUUCAUCCGGAGCACGCCGCCACCGGACCGCAUUGCCUGGUCCUGGAAGGAGAAUGUGCUGGAGUCAGGGACGUCCGGGCGCUACACGGUAGAGACAGUGAGCACCGAGGAGGGGGUCAUCUCCACCCUGACCAUCAGCAACAUCGUGCGGGCUGACUUCCAGACCAUCUACAACUGCACCGCCUGGAACAGCUUCGGCUCUGACACGGAGAUCAUCCGGCUCAAGGAGCAAGGUUCGGAAAUGAAGUCGGGAGCCGGGCUGGAAGCAGAGUCUGUGCCGAUGGCCGUCAUCAUCGGGGUGGCUGUAGGAGCUGGUGUGGCCUUCCUCGUCCUUAUGGCAACCAUCGUGGCCUUCUGCUGUGCCCGCUCCCAGAGAAAUCUCAAAGGUGUUGUGUCAGCCAAGAAUGAUAUCCGAGUGGAGAUUGUCCACAAGGAGCCUGCCUCUGGUCGGGAGACUGAGGAACACCCCACCAUCAAGCAGCUGAUGAUGGACCGGGGAGAAUUCCAACAAGACUCAGUGCUGAAGCAGCUGGAGGUCCUCAAAGAGGAGGAGAAGGAGUUUCAGAACCUGAAGGACCCCACCAAUGGCUACUACAGUGUCAACACCUUCAAAGAGCACCACUCGACCCCCACCAUCUCGCUCUCCAGCUGUCAGCCGGACCUCCGUCCCGCGGGCAAGCAGCGGGUGCCCACAGGCAUGUCCUUCACCAACAUCUACAGCACCCUGAGUGGCCAAGGCCGCCUCUACGACUACGGGCAGAGGUUCGUGCUGGGCAUGGGCAGUUCGUCCAUCGAGCUCUGCGAGCGGGAGUUCCAGAGAGGCUCCCUCAGCGACAGCAGCUCCUUCCUGGACACGCAGUGCGACAGCAGCGUCAGCAGCAGCGGCAAGCAGGAUGGCUACGUGCAGUUCGACAAGGCCAGCAAGGCUUCCGCCUCCUCUUCCCACCACUCCCAGUCCUCUUCCCAGAACUCCGACCCCAGCCGGCCCCUGCAGCGGCGGAUGCAGACUCACGUCUAAGGAUCCCCAACUGUGGGUGGGGAGGGCCGCGGAGAGGUGCAUUCUGGCUCUCCAGAGACGAUGGAUACUUUGCAGAGGACCCCAGAACCGGCUGCCUCCAGGACAGCCCCUGAGCGCCUCUGCUACCACCCUCCUCUGAAGCCCUGAUCAAGCACAAAUGUGGGUCCCCAGCUGCAGUGUGCCAGAGGCGUGCGGGUGGGGAAGUGGUCAGAGGAUGCAGCUGAGCACACUGUGCUCCGUGCUGGACCUGCCAGCUGCAGCCCUUUCCUGGAGGCCCCUCCGCUCCCUGCUCCUCCCACAGGCGCCAGAGGCAGCUCUCACUUCGCUUUAAUGAAACUGCCAUCCACUCUCCAGUCUCCCCGUGAGCUCUGCCCUCGGCUGCCCAUAAGCCCUACCCCUGUGCCUGUGCUCCUGUACGACCCUGGGGAGAAGGGGGUGAAGCUGCCCCAGAGACCCCAGCGCCCCCCCCACUGCUCAGCACCCAGACCCUGGAGGCUGAGAAGCCAGAAACAGCCCUGGCCAAAGGAGUGUCCCUCCCCGCCCUGGCCAGGAGCCCACCCCUAACUUGUUUGGUGUUUUGUGUCCAUACCCUUGCAGUUCUGUCCUUGGACUGGAUGCCACUGAACUCUGAGGAGGGACUGGCCCAAUCAGAGACUGGUGCACUGGGAGGGGAGGGAGCGGAAGGAGGGAAGGCAUGAGCAUUUGGGGAACCCCUCACCCUUAGCAGGCUGUGGGAUUCAGAGCCUCCCCUGCCCCCCCACCCUCGCGCUGCUCUGUGUACCUCCUUCCUCCCCCACAGCACAAUCAGAGCGAAUACAAGGAGUGUGGGAGCUUCUCUGGUCAGGGUCCUUUAAACAGUCCUAGAGAGUGUUUCCUAAGAGCUGGAGGGUUGAUGAAUCUUCAGGGGCCUUGAUUCACACGAGGAACAAUGGUCCUAUCUUCAGGAAGACUCCAUGGGUAAGAAAGAAAGUGUAUCUACACCUCACCCCUCCUGCUCACCACCUGAGAAUAAAUGUUAGGGCCAUCACUCCACAAAUCCGUUCUGUCCUUCUGUUCCUGCAGAGCCACAGGAAGAACCCAAGAGCCCAGAGUAGGCUUUGGGAACCCAAGGUUCUUUGCCUUCUUUAUUCAAUUUUCCUAGAUAAUGAAGGCAGUUGAUAGCUCUGGUUGUGGUGACAACAGCACCUACAGACAGAUGCCUCUCCUUGUGGUUGUGUACAACCCAGAGGGCGUGCAAAAGCAGGACUCACCAACCACCCGACUCAGCUGAAUACAGCUCAGCGGCAAAGUGGUCAUGCUGCACACUGGAGAGGUCAUUCCAGGCCUUGCUCUCAGCAAUAUUCUGCAAGGGAAGCUCCCUGCAUUAGGGCUUCAGGGAAGGAGGCCCUCUUCAAAGAGCCUGUGCCACUAAGCACCCUAACACUCUACUAUGAGACUCAGUAAUGUUCUACAAAUGGCCUUGUUUGCAUGACAAGCUUGAUGGAGUGAUGGCAGAUCAGAUGGGAAGAAUAAAUCGGGGCAAGUUAGAAUGCUAGUUCAGGGAACAGAAUUCAAAUGGAACUUUGGAGAACCCAAAUUGUCCCUAAGGUUGGAGGUUCCUCCUAAGUUUUAGGCCCUUCUUCUCCAACCUUUCCCAGUAGUCCUACCUGUCAUGGGAACCUUCAUCUCUAAACUCUGUGCUUCCUUCCAUACAUCGAUUCCUUGGAUGGCCCCAACCAUAGAUUCUGUACGUAGCUUUCAUAGCGCCUCCACUCAGGCAACUGUUCGGCUUCCACCAUGCUUCCUAUUGCUUCAAAGCUCCCAAGUUCCCUAGCUCCCAAGGUGGUCUUCCCUACGUCAGUGGUUGGGGGAGAUUUACUUCCUAAUCCUUACCACAGCCUGCCUGCCUUGCCUCUUGCCCCCUGCCCCCUGCCCCCUACACACAUACACAGCUCUCAUAAUAGGGUAGAGGUGCCCAUCUUUUCCUCUCAUAAUAGGGUGGAGUUGCCCAUCCUUUCCUGGAACCCAAGGUUAUCACACAGAAUAACCAGAAGAAAAGGGAAGAAAUCCGUUUUCCCAUAGAGCAGAAUGGCCUCUUCUCCCCUCUGAGCUUUGGGCCUCCCCCCUGCCCAGGGGAAGAACGUGGACUAUCAGGAAGAUGAGCAGAGAGCACAGGGGCUGCACAGUCCAGGCUCAGACAUGCAGUGCCCAACCCCCUGAGCUGUCUCCAAGGUACAAAUACAGCAAAGAGAUGCUGAAGGGACAGGAGGUCAUAAGUGAGGCCUGGGCAAAAGACAAGAACAUGGAGGGGAAAAUCAGUAGCAUCUGGGGGCUUCUGGAACAUUGAGCACUGAGAAGGAGCCCAGACUGAGCUAUGUGCAUCCCUCAGUGUCUCCAGCCCUAUUUACUUCUCACAAAGGAGUGAGGGUGCAAAAGAGCUGGGAAAGGGAGGUGUGAAAAAAAAUUGAAGGCAGCGGGGAGCCUUGAGUUCCACUGUAGGUGAUCGCAGAUUAACUGAAAUGAAUGCUUUACAUUUAUAAUCUUAUUUAAUCCUCACAGUUGUACAAACUAUCACCAUUUUAUAGAUGAGGGAUUGAGGCUGAAAAGAAGCCAAAAGACAUGCAUGCCCAAGGUCACAGAACUAACAAGUGGCAAACGUGAGAUUUAAACACACGUGAUUUCCUUGGUAAAAUGUUUCCAGCCUACAGUGCAAACUCAAGGCCACUUUCAUCCUAGAAUAUGAUGAAAAUGGCCAACAGCAAAGGCCAUCUGCUAACACCCACUCUGGGGGAGGCCAAGCAAGGACAGCUCCAUUAGGAAGGCGGGACUGGCAUCCUCCACCUCAAGUCCCCAGAUGACCUGGACAGACCACAACUCCCUGGGAGACAAAGCUGUUCUGUGUAUCAAAUCACCCCCACCCCUACCAAGGCCAGUAUCCAGUUUUCUGAUAGCUUUAAAAUCCAUUAUUGGCUCCGAGUCACUGGAUGGGAGCCCAGUUUCUGACUCUCAGGCUCGUUAUCAGUCUGGAAAGGCCAGGGUUAUUUCCACCACUUCUUCAACUUUCACGGAAUAGGAAGCGCUCCCACAGGAAGAGCCAGAAUACCACAUGAAGUCUGUCCCUGAUGGAGCCUACUGAACCACGGGCCAUCCAGGCACAGGCCUUGAAGCUGCCUUUGACUCUCUGGAGUGGAAAGGACCGGGGCAGAUGAAAAUAACUAUGAUGCAGUCCUUAGGAGAUUUCUUAGAACAGGAGAAAAGGAAACAACAGGACUUCCGUCUCUCACUUCCUGUAUGGGAAGGCACAUACUCGGGGUAGGGUGUAUGCUCUUACGGAAUCAGAAUUGAAAUCCCAGGGAACACACUCCACAAGUUCAAUUAGCUCUUCCCAGGUAUCGUGUGCGGCUCAUAACGGCACCAGAAAAAAAGACAGAGGGGAGUCCUGCAAUUAGUUUCCUCUCUAGGAAGUUUCCCUAUAAAAUAAACUCUUUAUUAAAAUAAAAGUAUAAAUAUUUAAAUAAAAACUAUCUUAAUUUGCAUAAAGAUUUUUAUUUUAAAAUACCACUUGGUGUGCCUAUUUAAAGAAACGUAAACAUUUAGACAUAAACCAAUGACAUCUCAACUAAAUCUUGAAUUUUUACUUCCCCUUUAAGAAAGUCUUUUAGAAGUCUCUCACUAAGUUAUUUUUAGGAGAUGUAACCACACACCAGCCAUUUGCAGCUUCAGCAUCAAAACUACCAGCAAUCUUUGAGAAUCACUGAUAAAGAGUGCUCACUCUGAUAGUUACUUGUCAUUUUCAGUAAGACUCCGAUCAUCUUUUCCCCCACCCCCUAUGUUUCAAUCUUCCCAAUUAGGUCAUAAACUGGAAAAAAUGAGAAAAUUUCAAGCUACUCUUCUUUAAAAAUAAGGAUUUGUUCUCCUGAAUGAAUACAUUUUUGUGGCAGGGAGAGGAGGAACCGCCGUUCUUUCCCUCUCGAUUCUUCCUGCAUCCGUCUCCUCUCCUCUCUGCCGGCUGGGUUUCCGACACACAGUGAACGCUUCCAUUACUACAGGCCCGACAGUUUUACUCCUACCCCAGCCCUCAUCUUUAAAAGGCGUUUUGUGAACACACACCAUUCACAAGACGCACCACUGAACUGUGGUCUAGAUCCCCGGUGCCGAUCUCCACCUGCCACUCCAUGUUCCCAAGGCUGCUCUCUGGGACAGUACUCAGCCCACCCAUGGGGCUGGGACAUCCUCAACCCCUGGGCCAAAAGCUUCCCUUUGGCUCACUGAUCAGCGAGCCCCAGCCACACAAAGGCGUCUGCUUCCGCUGCUUCUUGACCUCAUGACCCUUGGAAAUAUCUUGGAAUGCCAUGAGAACAUUCAAAUAAUGCUCCUUUAUAGCCAUCUUCUUUGUGAUGAAUCUAAAGUACUAACGUUCAGAGAGCCAGCCCCGUGGCUGAGGGGUUAAGUUCACGCGCUCUGCUUCAGCAGCCUGGGGUUCGCCAGUUCAGAUCCUGGGC